AAGAAGAAGAAACCCUUCUCGUACUCCCCAGUCGGCCAUAUUGCAUUUACCCGAACGCACUCUUUGGUCGACCUGUAUUUUGAUUUCACGACAAUGACUCAAGCCGUUCAGACCAAUGGUGUCCAACCCCUCAGUAAAACCUGGGAGUUGAGCCUUUAUGAAUUACAAAGAACUCCACAGGAAGCAAUUACUGAUGGGUUGGAGAUUGCUGUGUCACCCAGGUCAUUGCACAGUGAACUCAUGUGUCCUAUCUGUCUGGAUAUGCUGAAGAACACAAUGACAACCAAAGAAUGCCUGCACCGUUUUUGUGCUGAUUGCAUUAUCACAGCUUUGCGAUCUGGCAACAAAGAAUGUCCUACAUGUCGCAAGAAGUUGGUUUCCAAGAGGUCGCUGCGUCCAGACCCUAAUUUUGAUGCCCUGAUAAGUAAAAUUUACCCCAGCCGGGAUGAGUAUGAAGCACACCAAGAAAGAGUGUUGGCCCGCAUCAGCAAACAUAACAACCAGCAAGCACUUUCUCACAGCAUAGAGGAAGGACUAAAGAUACAGGCUAUGACCAGACUGCAACGUGGUAAAAGACAAACAGUGGAGAAUGGUAGUGGAGCUGAAGAUAAUGGUGACUCUUCACAUUGUAGUAAUGCCUCUGUCCACAGCAAUCAGGAGGCUGGUCCGAGCAUAAAACGCACCAAGACAAGUGAUGACAGUGGACUUGACAUGGACAAUGCUGCUGAGAAUGGAGGAGGUGACUCUGUGAUUGACAGCGGUGCCAGUGAAAUUGAAUUGGUAUUCAGACCUCAUCCCACACUCAUGGAAAAGGAUGAUGGUCACAACAGUGUGGAAUUUGUGCCUCGCUACAUAAAGACAUCUGGAAAUGCAACAGUGGAUCACCUGUCUAAAUACCUGGCUGUCCGGCUGGCUUUGGAGGAGCUUCGAAGAAAUACAGAGGCAAGUCCUGUUAAUGUGGAGGCAGCUUCAGAGAAGCAGUACACUAUCUACAUACCUACUGCUGGAAACCAGUUCACAGUUCUGAAUGGUUCUUUCUCUUUGGAGCUGGUCAGUGAAAAAUACUGGAAGGUGAACAAACCAAUGGAACUAUACUUUGCCCCUACUAAAGAACACAAGUAAAUUAUUUCAAAGCAGUGUGAGUCAAGUUGUGUACUUAGGACCUGUGUCCACAAAGAAAAGGUGAAAUGGGAAAGAUUGACAAAUCCUUCUAAAUGACUCUUCGAAAUAGUUUUUAAAACUUGUUACUAUAUCUUCUCAAUAUGUGUGUCUUCGCCCCGUAGAAGUUAGCAGCCAGCAGAUGAGACAAUAGACCACUAGCAAUUGUACCAAUCAUUCACUUGGAAAUGGCAACAUAACAUUUUUAACAAAUAUUUAUCUAAAUUAAAAUUUUAGUUCCACUCAGCCAUGUAUUUAAUUUGAUAUGAAUUUAUUCUUGAUGUUGUAGUCUUUGGAGUAUGUUCAUACAAUGUCCGAACAUUGGACAGGUAUGUCAAAAUGUACAUCAGUAAAUUCAAGGGAAGGACUCACCAGUGCCCUUUUCCACUGUAUCUACUCAGCAUGAAAUAAACAUUACUUACAAA